AUGAGGCUGUCCAUCACCGUCCUCGUCGCCAUACAGGCGUCGAUGGGUCUGGCUCACGCUAUUCCUCACUCCGAUGAACCGCAUACCAUACCGGAAAAAAAGCGAGAGUCGUUCAGGGACCUUUACAAGAAGUAUAUGUUGGGUCUUGAGACCAAGAAGGACGCAACCCUCGAGCUCGCUGAUCCCAAGACCGACAAAUACGAGACCAAGGGACUUCACGGCGACUUCAAGUAUAGGAUCAAUCAUUACUAUCCUUAUGAUCAUGAGUCUGAUCACGAAUACGAAAUCAAGGAGAAGUACAAACCCAAUGAACGCCAUACCAUCACCAAGGUCAAUAUCAAGAAGUACUAUCCCCAUAACCAUCAUGAGCAUGUGGAUGACUACGACCACAAGGUCAAUACCAAGAAGUACUAUCCCCAUGAACAUCAUGAGCAUGAGGAUGACUACGACCACAAGGACAAGUACAAGGAUGUCGACUACGACCACGAUUACAACGACUACCGCUCCGAGAAUCACCACUACGAACACGAGAAGGAUUACGAGACCAACAAGUUUGACGCAUUCAAUGAUCGUUACGGUCUCAACAAACAUGAUUUCGAAAAACAAUUCACCGAACCCUUGAAAGAGUAUGAGCCCAAGGACAGCCACGACAAGGGAAACCACCACAAGAGAUGGCCGCCCCUUGGCAAUUAUGGCGACCACUCAUUUGGCUUUUGGCACCCAGACCCUUUCCCCGGCUUCAACGCCCCGCUGCAGAAGUUUGAUCCAAACGAGGAGCAUACGCAUUCUUACAAGACUGAGGAGAAGCCCAAAUAUCCUGAGCGUCCAGAAUCUCAGGGCGAGAAGUACCACCCCAAGGAUGUCCACGACUCCAAAAAGCAUCAGCAGAACGAUUUGGACAUUUUCAAUCCCGGUUAUCACACUCCAGAGAAGUACGACGCCGAGGUGAAGGACGAGAAGCUCUCCCACUUCCACAAUUAUGAGCAGGAGAACGACAACAUCCCCUACUUUGACAAGUUUCCAAAGACGUUCCCUCCGGAGCAGCCCUUUGAUGAAGCCAAGAAGGGCGUCCCCAAAGCAGAAUAUGAAGGAGACGAUGAUCACUAUCACUCCAUGGACCCUGAGGACUGGCACCACAACAGGGAGAUUCACAAGAAGCCUGACUACGACAAGGAGGACCGCGAGGAGUACCAUGACGAUGAUGAUAAAGGCGAACAGUACCCCAAGCACGAUUUUUCUCCCAAGGACGAAGAGUAUGGAAUGAAGGGGGUCCAUGGGUUCAAGUACGAGUACCAUCCUGAUGAGAAAUCUUUCCUCUCGGAAGAGGCUCAGGAGAAACUCAAACAUGGCCAUUCUGAUUUUCCGGAGACUUAUUCUUUCAAGGAGUACUUUCCCAAGGAAGAGGUGAAGGAGAAAAAGUACACCAAUGAGGCUGAGAAGCUUGGUUACAGAAAGUACGAUCCUACGGAAGAUGACGACAAGCACAACCACUCUGAUGAGAAGAGCCACCAUCCCGAAGAGGAGAAGGACAACGGAAGCGACUCUAGGGAGGUUAAGAAGCAUGCGUCAAAGCAAAUCUACUACCCAUCUCAUCACGAGCCCGAGGAGAGCGCCAAGUACUACCGCAAACAGGAGGUCGAUCACGAUAGCCAUAAAUCCAACGAACAGCCCUACGCUCGGAAGGAGGAUCAGCACUAUGGUUACUACAAAGAACCUGGCUAUGAGAACGUUGUCCCCGGAUUCAUGUGGGCAGGUCCCGGAACCGUGACCAAGACCCCUUGUGCGAAGAAGGAGGGAUGCCCUCAUGGACACUGGCACAUGUUGGAGCCCAGGAACGGAGAGCACAGACGAAUUGGGAUCACCGGGACUAACAUCGUCGUUGAGCCCGACUUCACCAAGCCCGACUACAAGGAGGAUACGGUGAACCACGUUUUGCCAGGCUACGAGAAUGUCAUCCCGGGCUUUGAGUGGGCAGGAGUUGGCGUUGUUACUGAAGUCCCCUGUCGCAGUGCCGCAGAUUGCCCUGAGGGAGGUUGGUUCAUGUUAGCACCCAAGUUUGGAGAACACAGACGCAUUGCCAUGAACUUCCCCAAGGCUACUGCCAAGCCCCAUCAUCAUCAUGCCUCUGGGCCUACUGUCCAGGUGCACAAGUCUGACUACAAGGCUCGCUCACCGGUUGGGCACGAAGGUGUAUUGUACCAGAAGGAUCAUGAAGAAGAAGAUCGCAAUGAAAGAGAAUACAAACUCAUCCAUCGCCAUUCCAGUGGCUUGAGCAAGAGGAGUAUUGAGGCGAGAGCACCUUGCAAAAAGCAGUCCGAGGAGGAGAAGGAGAAGGAGCGCCGGAAGAAUUUCAAGAAGAUUGACCCCAACAAGCCAGUCCCUCGACUCGACACCGAGGAACUCCUGAAUAUCGAAGCUCUCAGCGACGAGAAGAGACAAGCACUCGUGGCAGCCUUCCCUAUAAUGGGCGAAGAAUUCAACAAGGAGUUUCUCGAAUUCAAGGAACUGACUCCCAAGUUGAUCGCCCAACUCAACGAGCUGUAUGCCAUCCUCUUGGAAAGCGAGGGCGGCAAGGCCAUCGUCAAUAUCAUUAACAGGACUCCAAAAUACAUUCGAAAAAGCAAGAGAUCGGUACCAGAGCUUAGCGAAAAGCAAAUCGAUAGGAUCAAAGACCUGACGCCGGCAAUUCGUCAAGUGCUUGCCAAGAAGCUUGACUUUGAUCCCAAGCUUACACUGGAGUUUGUCAAUGCCGACGAACUGUCUGAUGACCUGAUCGCAAGGCUCAACAAGGAGUAUACUCGCGUGGUUAGAGACCCCAAGUACGCCAAGAUCAUCAAGAAGUUCAUGUCCAUGUCCAACUACAAGAGAGCAGAGGCUGAGCUCACCAAGGAGAUGCUCAACAAGAUCGAGGGAUUGUCACCAAUCAUGCGUGAGAUAGUUGCGAAGAAGCUUGACUUUAGUCCCGAGCUAUCAGACGAGCUGGCCAACGUCGACAAGCUGUCAGAUGAUCUAGUUGCAAGGCUCAACAAGGAGUAUGCUCGUAUCACCAGGGAUCCCAAAUACAAGAGCCUCCUCGACAAGAUUGGUUUCAAGCAAAAGCGAGCAGAGAAGGCCCCCGAGCUCAGCAAAGCAGAGCUUACGAAGAUCGAGGGAAUGUCCCCUUCGCUCCGCCUGAUGGUCGCGAAAAGGCUUGGUAUAGAUGCCAAGCUCUCGAUUGAGCUGGCCAACGCCGUUACGUUCACGCCUGAGAUGAUCAAGAAGCUGAACAAGGAGUUUGCUCGUGUCUACAACGAUCCCAAAUACGAGGACAUACUAGCGCAACUCAUUUCCAAAAGCAAGCGAACAUUCACACGCGAACUCACUGACCAACAACUCGACAAAAUCUCGAAUAUGAGUGAGUCUGAGCGUCGAAUGAUUGCCGAGAAGCUCAACUUUAAGAAAGAGCUCGCCGAUGAGUUUAUUAAGAGUGAACAAUUCACUCCUCAUCUUGUCAAGAAGCUCAAUGAGGUGUACAACCAGAUUUUCGGAGGUCACAAGUACAAUGAGCUCGUCGACCAUUUCAGGAACAAUUUCAAGCGCCAUGUUGUCCCUGAAUCGAAGGGAGAGGAAGAGAAGCAGGAAGAGAAGCAGGAAAAGGAAGAGGAAAAGGAGGAUACUAAGGGGCUGAAGAAUAUUACAAAGCAGAUUCGCGAGCAGAUCAUCAAGGACCUAGACUUCAAGGUCAAUCUCGAUGGCGAGUUCCUCUAUGCCCAGAGGAUCACAGAAUCGCUCAUUGAGAAGCUUGGUGACUUGGUCCGCGAUAUUAUCUUGGAGCUGGAGUGGGAAGAAAUUGUGGAGGAUCUUCUUGAUGAAGAUGAAGCUCCAGAGGAGAAGGAGACAUCCGACACCAAGAAGACGACAAAGACGCCAGAAACUGAGUCUUUGAGUAUUGAAACUACCACAGAGGCCCAGGGCAAUCAGACUGUUAGCGCCCAAAAUUCGACAACUAUUUCUGGAAGGCAACCCACGUCCGAUCUGGACGAGAAGCUUGAACAGUCGAAGAAGAAUGGAUGGUGCAAGGAGUUUCUUGGUACGCUGAAGGACACGUGGGAUGAUUCCGUGGACGAAGCUCUAUCAAAGACCAAAGAAAAGUUGACUAGGGAUGAAUAGGUUGAGCUGUUGGAGAA